AUGCUCGGGAAGGAACGACCCCAUCCUUUGCAGCUCUCUGCUGCUGCAACCACUAGGCCGGGCAAGGUUGAUACGUCCUACACAUGGCUGGCCAUGUAUUUCCUUCUCAACCUCACCCUGACCAUCUAUAACAAGGCUAUCCUCAGUACAUUCCACUUUGGUUUCCCUUGGACCCUGACAGGGAUCCACACUCUUUGCUCCGGCGUGGGUGCUUAUAUCAUGGCUCGGAUGGGUUACUUCACACCUGCACAGCUUGGAGAACACGAAAAUAUGGUCAUGUUGAUGUUUUCAUUUCUCUACACUCUCAACAUUGCUAUCAGUAACGUUUCACUAAAUGAGGUCUCUGUCGCCUUCCACCAGGUUGUUCGUGCCAUGACACCAGUCUUCACAAUUGCCAUCUCGGUUGCAUUCCUCGGAAAGAGAUACAGCGGCAUGACCUAUCUCUCGUUGGUACCUUUACUCUUGGGAGUCUACAUGGCAACUGUUGGUGAUUACUCCUACACUGCCAUGGGCUUUUUCCUCACCGUCCUCGGCACAGUCCUCGCUGCGACAAAGACCGUUGUCACCAACCGUAUCCAGGUCGGUCGUCUUCAGCUUCAUCCCCUUGAUCUGUUGCUCCGAAUGAGUCCUCUGGCAUUUGUGCAGACAGUCAUCUUUUCGUGGAUGAAGGGCGAACUGGAUGAGGUCGUGUCGUUCUGCAAGACAGAGAUGAGCUAUAGCUUGAUCUUGGCCCUUUCGAUCAAUGGUAUCAUUGCCUUCUUCCUCAACUAUGUCUCCUUUACCGCCAACAAGAAGACCAGUGCCUUGACCAUGACUGUCGCUGCCAAUGUCAAACAAGUGUUGUCGAUCGUGGUUGCUGUUACGGUGUUUAACACCAAGAUUGGAUUCUUGAACGGAUUGGGUAUCAUCAUGACUCUUAUUGGAGGCGCUUGUUAUAGGUAA